CACCAAGGGGAGACAUUUUUACCACACUGUCUCCUGGAAGCAACAUUUACAAUCUGCUGGUACAGAUGACCCACCACAAGGCUGAGCUUAAAUUAACCAAAGCAGAGUUCAAUGUAAAAUGACAUUUUUGGAUUUACACAGAAUUAUCUGUUUAGGACCAUUAUAUAUAUAUAUUUUUUUUUGUGAUUUGUAAAUGAUGGUUUCAAGAGUGAAAAUGAAAUUAAUGUAAUUUAAUGUCUUCUUAGUACUUAUCUUGUGCCCUUAUUACCUUUUCUAGCUUUUACUUGUUUCUCUUCUUUACUGCUGAGUCUAAGAGCUCCCGACAAAAAAUCCUACGUACCUAUACUGUGUGUGUUUGUACAAAUGGCUAAUAAAUGUCUUGAAUCUCGAAAUUAAGCAUAAAAUGUUGAUACUGACAGCAACUAUAAACUUGGUAGUAAUGACUCAAAAAAGGAGAGACAAUGAAAAGGACUGCCAUUCUGCUGUAUAUCUCUCUUGGAGUCUGUGGAUGGUAAGAGUACUACUGUAUUGUGAAAAUCUAUCUUCAACUUCUAAAUAACUUUACAGGUAUGCUGUCUUUAUGCUUUGGCAGCUGAUGACACGGAACAUUUUAGUGUGUAUAUAUACAUUUUAUUGUGUGUAUAUGCAUGUUAGUGUGUAUAUAUACAUUUUAUUGUGUGUAUAUGCAUGUUAGUGUGUAUAUAUACAUUUUAUUGUGUGUAUAUGCAUGUUAGUGUGUAUAUAUAUUGAACUUCCUCUGCCAGACCCUGGAGGAAAGACCCCCCCCCCCUUUGACUGUGGUUCCUUCCAAGGUUUCCUCCCACUAGGAAGUUUUCCUUGCCAUUUUUCACCUCUGGCUUGCUGUCUGUGAGCUUUGGGCAGGGAUAAUUGAAAGUGCCUUGAGACAAUGCAAUUUUGUGAAGUUGCGAUAUGUGAAUUGUAUUUAAUGGAACUGAAUUGAAAUGAAUUGGAUUGGACUGGACUGGACUGGAUUGAAUUAAAUUGAAUUGAAUUGACAUUGCCUCUGCACAUGCCCAGAGUUGGGGAACCAGAGUACCCAGCAGAAACCCAUAUGACCUGGGGGGACAUGUAAGCUUCACAUACAUAGCAAAGCCCCAGGACUGGUCUGUGGCUACAGUGGGGGAGACUUGGGACAGUUUAUGAAUCAAAGCUGUUACAUAUUUACUCAUUAAUCUGCAUAUGAUAAGUGCGACAUGCUUAAUAACUGACAGACUGUUGCGAGGAGCCUUAGCUAGCAGAAGUGUAGACCAGGGAUGUAUAGCCAGGUUGAUGUGUUAAAAGUCUGUUCAACAACUGACCACAUUCACCAAUGGUCCCUGGUCUCCCCAAUUAACUACUUGUUCUGCUGUCUACAUAUUAAAAAUCUAACGGUGAUAUUUUUGGUUCAAUCAUUUCACAGGAACUCAAGCUUAAAGUAAAUAGAAUUGCUUUGGUAACUGUUUCAGUCAUUGAAACCAUAUAAUGUGACUAAUCAAAGUUUCUGCAGGAACCAUGAGUACACAGAUGAUGGUGAAGAAACUACAUUAUUCAACCGCUAGAUGGCAUGUUGUGUGUAUUUAGCUUUUGCUUGAAACAGCAACUUGAGUAAAUUAAUUUCUCAUAUACAGAAUCAACCAAAAAAUUUGAGUACAUCUGCUUGAAUCCAUAAUUACUAAUGGUGUAAACAUAUACUUAUCUCUUAACAGGAAUGUAUGUUGGUGUUAUGGUCUAAUGAGUGUGUUUGUAAGAUGCAGAGAGGGUGAUUUCUGCUUCGGUGCCAUCCUCUGUUAGACAUUGAGGAGGUAGAGCCAUGCAAUGGGGCUGCAUUGCUGAUAACAGAGUCGCUCAACUAAAAAAAAUCAAAGGCAUGCCGAUCCACAAGGAUAGUCAUGGAAUUUUUAUAGGAUUAUUAUUAUUAAGUCCUUCAAUAUUUCAACACAAAUAAAUUCAUUGUGUCAGUGAAGCAGGUUUCAAGGCAAAUUAUGGCUAUUUUGAGCAAUCCAAGAUUUAGACAUUUUUCAAUUUGUUUGAACACUGUUUUUAGACUAUUUUUUGUUUUUUGUAUUGUGAUGUAUUCUUUAUUUUGAAGUAUUUACAGAAAAAAAUGUGUUACGUGAAGCAUGAACAAAUAGGUGUUUUUCAUCUGUGUUGACUACACUAUAGAUGGCUGUUGUAUUUUUCAACAGCAAUUCCUCAAGUUUGUAUUUUUGAUGACUUGAACAGCAAUACAUUUGUCAACAUCAAUCAAUCAGCUUGUUCAUGAAAUAUUCUUAAUAAUCCAUAAUCAGAAUAGUGAAUUUCAAGGUUUUAUUUAAAAGUCUGAAAGGUGCUUCAAUUUGAAUUGAUAACAGACAUUUAACAUGUACUGUGUUAACAACUGUAUUUAAGAACCAUUAUAGAACCUGCUUUAUAGUCAGUUUAGUAAAAUGGCCUUAAAUUUAACAGGGAGCACAUUUUAAAAGUUCCAGUGAGAUAAGUAAAAUUAUAUUUUGUGCAUUUUACCAUUUGUUAGGUUCUAAUUCAAAAUUCACUUAGUUUUAAGUUUGUUACAUCGUUUUAUAUGUACCAUUUUAUUUUAUUCAAAUGUGCAAUGUAUUUAUUUUCUGUCCCCAAGUGAUGUAUUUUGGAUUUGUGAAACGUAAAAUGUGUGGAAAUGAUAAACAAAAAUGCAAAAUUUAGAAAUGCAUGCGACAGGGGCGGCAUGGUGGUGCAGUGGUUAGCACCGGGUUCGAGUCUCCGCUUGGGUUACAUGUGUGUGGAGUUUUCAUGGUCUCCCCAUGUUGUCGUGGGGUGUUCCGGUUUCCCCCCACAGUCCAAAAUCUGCUAAUUGGAGUUUCUAAAUUGCCCGUAGGUGUAUGAUAAUCUACUUGCAUAUUAUCCAAAGUGAUUAAAUAAUAGGCCAUUUUACACCAUUAAAUAUCACAACCAUCUAGGACUGAAUUACCGGUCGGUGUAUUACGUUCUAUGACCGCCAGUGCACACUCGACGUUCUGAUUGGACCUUCUUGAGUGCUGUCUGACGGUGAUUGGUGGGUGGAGUCGGAGUUCGGAGACCACGUGAACACUGGAGCCCCGUCACUGCUCCGGGCAUCGAGCUGAAUUUGAAGCGGACGUGGGAGGGAGUGUUUUUGUUUUCUUUCGUUAAAAUGCAUUAGUUAUAACUUUCAUUCUGAAAUGUCCUUAACUUUUAAAGCAAUGCUGUGUCUAGGGGUGAUAUGUGAUCGCAUAAUAAAUUGUUGCUGAUUCAGCCGAUUAGUUCCUUGACUUCCUGAGGAAGUUUGACUAAUUGUUGUAAAUCAUUGAUCUAGUUUCUUACAUUUUUAAGUUAUGUAUGUGUUACUGUAUACCAGAAAACAGUUCUUUGUAGGUAGCGUGUUUGGGACUCUUUGGGAAAUGCAGUGCUUUCUAAAUUAACACGUGUUGACCGUUUUCGGGAGGUAAACCUUACCGUGGCUGUUUCGCCAGUGUGUGCCAAAAUAACCGUUCGCCACGAAGAAAAGGUGUCUUGACUUUAACUUUAAAACCAAAGCUUAAUACGAAAUAUUCUUUAUUUUUACUUUCAUGUUUCGGACAUUAAUUGUUUAACUAACAUGAUAACUCCAUAGGUUACUUUUAAUUGCUUUCUGUUCAAAACUAAUAGAAUUAAAAUGCAGGAGAAAUCGGAAGGUGCUGAUUUUGAAGUAAAAGGUGAAGCAAAUUUUUCGGUCUUACAAAAACCAACAACAUCUGACGGACAUGGAUUUUAUGAGCGCUCGGAUGGAAACGGCACUGAUAAACCAGCCCCUCGUUUGUACAAACGCCGAUGGCUUAUAGUGUUGCUUUUCAGCUCUUAUUCGCUCUGUAAUGCCUUUCAGUGGAUCCAGUACGGAAUCAUCAGUAAUAUCUUCAUGAAGUUCUACAAAGUUGACUCUUUCACUGUCGAUUGGAUGUCAAUGGUGUACAUGAUGACUUACAUCCCUUUUAUAUUUCCCGUAACGUGGCUUUUGGACAAGAAAGGUUUGAGGGUCAUCGCACUUGCAGGUACCGCCGCAAACUGUAUGGGGACCUGGAUUAAAGUGGCCAGCGUGAGACCGGACCUGUUCUGGGUUAGUGUCCUUGGACAGUUCUCCUGCUCACUGGCCCAGGUCUUCAUCCUCGGAAUGCCGUCCCGGAUCGCCUCGGUUUGGUUCGGCUCGGAGGAGGUGUCCACAGCCUGUUCAAUCGGAGUCUUUGGAAACCAGCUGGGUGUGGCCACUGGCUUCCUGAUUCCCCCCAUGCUGGUGCCCAAUGUGGACGACGUGGACCAGCUGGCUCACCACAUCAGCGUCAUGUUCUACGGGACAGCCGUGGUGGCCACAGUGCUCUUCAUGCUGGUGAUGGCAUUUUUCCAGGAGAAGCCAGACGUCCCCCCCACGCAGGCCCAGGUGGUGGCAUGCAGCAUGUCCGCAGAAUACUACUCCUACGGAGCCUCGAUCCUGAGACUGCUGAGGAAUGCACCCUUCAUCCUCCUCAUCAUUAGCUAUGGAUUGAAUGUGGGCUGCUUUUACGCUGUUGGCACCUUACUGAACAGAAUGAUAAUUGCACAUUAUCCUGGCCAGGAAGUGAAUGCAGGCAGGAUUGGCCUCACUAUCGUCAUUGCUGGGAUGGUUGGCUCCCUCAUCUCAGGAAUGUGGUUGGACCGCACAAAGACCUACAAGCAAACAACGCUGGCUGUGUACUUCAUGACGUUUGUGGGGAUGCUGGUUUACACUUUCACUCUGGAUCUUGGACACUUAUGGGUGGUCUUCGUCACCGCGGCAUCCCUGGGGUUCUUCAUGACAGGCUACCUUCCCCUGGGCUUUGAGUUUGCUGUGGAGCUGACGUACCCUGAGUCUGAGGGCACCUCAUCAGGGCUGCUCAACUGCUCCGCACAGGUUUUUGGAAUCAUAUUCACCAUCUGCCAGGGGAAGGUCAUGGACUCCUUUGGCAUCCAAGCGGGGAACAUCUUCCUUUGUGUCUUCCUUCUUACUGGGACCAUCGUAACCGGUUUCAUUAAGUCAGACCUCCGGCGGCAGCAGGCGAACAAGCUGGCUGAGACUGUUGCCGUGGGCAGUGGGCCCCCAGCCCGGAACUAUGAGGCCACAGCCUCCAUCAGCUCUCUGCAUAAGGCCAAAGACCCCCUAAUCCCAAUCGAUUAAGCCCUAAUACAGGCAGGCCAAGAUCCUGUCAAAUGAUUUGGAGAUCACCGUCCCCAUCGCUGAUCAAAAUGAAACCAAGAUGUAGCUCUGAAUGCUAGCAUGUGUGUGCGCGCACACACGCACGCGCACGCACGCGCACACACACGCGCACACACACGCACCCCAAAUCUCAGUAAAAAUACCUACAGUAUAGACACCAACAGAAACUGUCCUCAGUGCAUUCCAGCAGACACAGAUGUACAUCAACAUCUCUGAGAGAACUCAUUCGCCCAGUAUCAUGGUCAAGUUUGUCUAAGAAACACACAGCUCCUGAGAGACGGCUAGGAUGGAGAAUGUGUUCAAAAGUAUCUAGUGAUUUUGUCUAAGUGUAUUUACUAUUAAUGUGGACCCAGACCGUCCACAUUUUUGCUCCCUCCCAGCUCCCAGCACUUGAUUGUUUGUUUGGUUCAGGUUUGUGCCCCGUGGGGAGGGAGCAAAAAUGUGUGGGUCUGGGGGUCCCCAAGGACCAAUGUUGUUUCUUUUUGACUGUUUUGUACUAAAUUCAUUUCAUUUAUUGGUACUUUAAAUGUUUACAAAGUAAUGCUUACAGUAUAUUGUGAGAGCUGUAAAAUGUUAACUCUGGAUACAGGAAUUUUAUGUUUUAAGCAGAAGACUCAUCUGGUGGAAAUAAAGGGGAGUGGCUUUGCUACACAAA